AACUGACCAAACAGGGCAGGUGUGAGAUGAUACUGAAUCGUGAUUACUUCACAUCCAUCGAUAUGAGUAACAUUUACAAACAUCAGGACUCAAUGGAUACUAAACAUUCUGCAUAUAUACAGUAACUGUAACUAAUACGGCAGUAAUAUUGUUCCGAGGACAGGGAAAUUCUAAGAGAAACUGGAAUCAAAUAGCACAGGUUUAAAAUGACAUCUUUGGAUGGGGUGAUACGUCUUAUUCAUGACAAGCAGUGUAGUUUCCGGGUAUCGGAUGAUGUAGUCAAAGACAUAGAAGACAUGGUGGUUCAUCUAGUGAAAAAUCUUCUUCCCAAACUUCUGAAGUGCUACCCGAGUUGUCAUUUCUCAGUAGCAGAAGUGGUUGAUGCGGGAAGCUACUUCGAACAAACCAAAAUAGAACUCCCGAACGAGUUCGAUUUCAUGCUGGUUGUGGAACAGCUGUCAAAUGUGGACUCUAUUUCCUUGAAGAAAGGGUGCAGAGAUGGAUACGCACGUGUUGGAGUGGUCAAUCAGGAAUUGUGGGAUAGCGCUAAACCAGACGACGGCCCCGAGCGUAGGUUUGAAAUCGCAAUGUUACAGUUCAACAUGUUCGUGAGGGAGACUCUGAAGCUGCUUCUAUCAGAACCAAUAAAAGGCAGACUAGGAGAGUUCUCGAUGAAGGAUAUCACAGUGCGUGGGAAACCAUACAAAGCUUUCUCCCAUGUCCAGACGCUUACAUUGAUAUGGACUAAAUACAGUCAUGUAGAUAUCAAACAUCCAAGUACGAAGGUCAAAAUACUGUAUGAAAGGCAGCCCAAAGAGGAGCUGGAAAUAUGUGUUGAUCUGAUGUCGUGUUGCCAUUCAUCGCUAUCCACAUUCAACAAUCUUCUUCCUACAAUGUCGCUGAAAAACGAAUUGUUGAAGAAAAAUGGCUGCCACAUUGUUCUGAAAUCAUGUGAAUCUGUAAAGUGUGUGGAGAAGCAGACAGAAUGUCGGCUCAUCUCGUACACCAAGACAGAACAGGAAUGUAUGAGGAGACUACACGAGAACUGGAAGACGGUGUAUAAAGUUCUAAAAUGGCUGUUCCAUUAUACGGAGAUUCUGGAGGUAGACACAUAUAAAAUCAAGACAGCGAUCCUCUACUGCAGCUCCAGACGUAGAGCUGAUAGUGUGAGUCUAGGGGAGGGAUUGAUAAAAGUCCUGUAUGAACUCAGGAAGAGUGCCUACAAUAACAGGUUACCCGGAUAUUUCAAUUCUUCACUGAACGUCUGGAAUGUUAGUCCCUCUUAUCAGUAUCUUGUCAAAUAUGAGAUCAGUUUUCUAUUGAAACUCUUCAGUAAAAUGCAGAGUGUAUCAACAGAUAAUGAAAACACAUAUUUACAAGAAAACCUUAGUGUUAUCAAUAUGUGGCUACAAAGCUUCUGCUCACAUGCUGCAGAAAUCGCAGAAAUUAAGAAAGAUAGAUUAACUGGACUAGAGUGUUUCAACUGGCAAGGCAACCUGUUCCUGGAAAUUCUAAAAGAUCUGGAACCUGUUCUCAAAAGUCACUCGAGGUUUGCCUGGAUUCCUUUUCAGAUGAAGUGUUGUGUUCUCGGGGAUGUUUUCAAAAUUUUAACAGUUAUACUUGUCAAGAAAAUAUCCAGAAUGUGGCUUGCACUACUUUGAAUAUCUGUGGAAAGGGCUUAUAUAUUGCUGCCCAAUCCAUUUAUAUAUUUAUUACAUAUUAAAAUAUGUUCAGCAAAUGUUCAAUGAGCCAAUAUCUGUCUUAUGUUAAGUUAUCCAGCAUCUUUCUUCAGGAUCAAAGGUAAUAAUUCAAAAAGUAAUAUAAUUUAUAUUUUUUCAAUAUCUUUGCAAACAUAUGUUUGCUUUGUUCUUUCUCUAGUAAUAU